AUGAAACAAACUGAUGAAUCGCAAUCAUCAUGGUCGUCGACUAUGAAUCCGAAUACAGUCUUGGUUCGUUGUGAAUUUUCAGACACAAGAUCUAAAACUAUUCAAGCAUUAGUAACAGAUACAGUAGCAGAACUGACAGCAAAAAUUACAGCUCUUCGAGAAAACCAGGCAAUGGCUCAGUUUUCACUAUGGUCAGAUGAUAUUUAUAUUGAUGAUAGCCAACCUGAUAAACGUUUAGCUGAUUUUGGCAUUAAGUCUGGCAGUACAAUUACUGCUCAUAUCAUAGAUGUUAUUCCCACGAAUUACUCGACUAAAACCAGCAAAACCGACAAGACUUAUACAACAACAUAUAAUUAUGACUUAGAUACGAAGCCUAAAGGUUUGGAUAAUCUUGGUAAUACAUGUUUUAUGAACAGUGCACUUCAAUGUCUUGUACAUGUCGUACCAUUAACUGAGUUUUUUAUGAAAAAUCUUACUCAAGCGCAUUCGGCUAAUGAUCAUGUUAAUAAAAACAAUCCAUUUGAUACAUAUGGAGAAGUUACUGGAGCCUAUGCCGAACUAUUGUGGAAUUUACAAAAACCUGAGAGAACAUAUUAUUCAUAUUAUGAUUAUUCAUUUAGACCAACUCGUAUGAAAGAAAUAAUUGGUCGACUUGAACCACGUUUUGCCACAUUUGAUCAACAAGAUGCUCAAGAAUUUAUGACAUUUCUUCUCAAUACUAUUCAUCAGGAAAUCAAACAAAAAAAUAAUCAUGUUCGAAAUACAAUUAUCACAGAACUCUUUUUCAGUCAAAUUCAAUCCUCUAUUACUUGUUCUCAAUGUCAACAUGUAAGCACCUCAACAAAUCCAAUUAGUAUUCUUCCAUUAGCACUUAAUCCACAUGAACAAACAUUUCAAGUGAAUUUUGUCAAGUUGAGUGGUCGAGAUGAAUAUGAUAUGAUACCGAUGCCUGCUGGUAAUCGUAUUGAACAUCUGGUACAAGCAUUUUUCGAGCGUCGCCAUGAUUCAAGACGAUUUAAUUAUGUUACUGCGAUGACUAUAAAUCCAGAAGCAGAAGUUGACUUUGACACACCACUCAGCAAACUAUCUGAAUCGGUAGUAACACUUAUUGAGCAAGAAGAUUACAAUGGUCGAAAGGCAACUUUUCGGUAUGAGAAUAAGCCGAAUGCUUUGAAGCUUGAUGAAUGUCUUCAAGCAUUUGUUUCAAUCGAAACGCUCGAUGAUCCGUGGUUCUGUGAACAAGAUAAAUGUAAACAUGAUACAAAAGCACGUAAACAAUUGCAACUUUUAACUUUUCCUCGUGUACUCAUUAUUCAACUUAAACGCUUUUCACAUGAAAAUGGUCUACGUCAAAAAUUGGACACAUUUGUUGAUUAUCCUAUUGAUGGAUUGGAUUUGGGUAAACUUCUGAAAUCAUCCGAGGACGCCGUUUAUGAUCUUAUUGCUGUUUGCAAUCAUAUGGGAUCUAUUUCUGGUGGUCAUUAUACUGCAUGUGCACGAAAAGAUUCAAAAAAUGCGAAAUGGUACAAAUUCAAUGAUUCCGAUGUUUCAACUAUUUAUUAUCCAGACGAAAUCAUUUCCAGAGAUGCUUAUCUUCUUUUUUAUCUGAAACGACAGAAACAAGCAGAGUCAUCAAAGCCAACAAUGGUCUGA